UGCUCCGAGUCAGCCUCAUCAGUAUCCGCUCGGGAUCCAAUCGUCGCGCGCGUUAAAAUACUCAGUGACCAUCAUGCCAAGCUGUACGUUAUCAACAGUAGCCGGUAAAACAUUCAUACUCGAUACGCUAAUGUUAAGCCAUUAGUUUGUUAUGUGAAGUGUUAAAAUUUUAAUCUAUUAAAUUUAUUUAUUAAAAAGUUUCUUUUAAUUUAAAUUAAUUUUAUCAUCGUGAGACAAAAACUUUCUUGGAUAUUGUCAAUUUUAUAGGAUCAGAAUGACGUGGCUGAGAAGCGACGGAGGGCCCGUGUUUUACGGUUACAGCAACCGCACAUCUGUCACGGGCGACGUGCAAAUCAUAACCACCUGUUUGGUGUUCGGCACGAUUUUCGCCGCUUUCCUCAUCAUUUUCCCGGGAGUCCGAAAGGAAAGGUUCACCACCUUCAUGACUGUCACCUUGAGUCUGUUCGUCGGCAAUGCUAUAAUGGUAUCUAUUUUAGGAUCCAGUUGGCAUGUAGCUAGAACAGUGAUCACUAGUACAUACAGAGCCUUAUCCAAGGAACUAAUUACUGCCGAACUAGGCGCUUAUGUUGGACUGAGUCAUAUUAACAUAACACUUAGCGCACUUCCGAGCGAUAAUACUUUCGUUCCAAUAGAAGAUAUCAAUUUCAAUGAACGUUUUUCGUGGUUAGGAGCUCAUGAAAUGGGCGAGAGUUAUCAAGCAGCAUUGUAUCGAGGUCUUCCUUUCCCCAUAUUGACCGUUGCUGAAUACUUUAGUCUUGGUCAAGAAGGUUUUGCCUGGGGAGGACAGUACAGAGCUGCUGGCUACUAUGGAACCAUAUUCUUAUGGACGGCUUUCGUGUUAUGGUUCUUAAUGAACGUUCUUCUAGUGGUAGUCCCUCGAUAUGGGGCUUACACUAUGAUAGCCACUGGUAGUUUUAUGGUUGCUGCAGCAGUUGCUUACCAUUGCAUGCUUCCGUGGGUUCCACUAGUCAUACGUUUUCAAGAUGAUACGUUUUUAAUUUUUAAAUUAGGCUGGUGUUUUUGGUUGACUUUGUUAACAGGUCUACUAUGCAUAGGCAUUGGACUGAUAAUUGUGGCGGUGGAUUGUGUUUAUCCACACAAGUUCUCAACUAUACUAGAAGUUGACUUUGACACGCCCUACGAUCGACAUAUCAUAAUUGAAGAUAGUAGUACUCGAAAAAAACGAGUGGGUAAAAGUUUAGAAGAACCUGAGGGACUAGGUCGCAGAAUCUUAAGACGCUUAUCAUCCAAAAAAGACGAUGAGACCAAUGGUCCUCCUAAACUUUCUGGUAUGGAAAAUCGAGGAUUCGAGCUGGACCCACCACCACCAAAUUCUCCAUGGAGAUUUCCAUACAACAGACCGGCUUUGCAAGGUGUCAAGUUCAAUCGCAGUAUGUCACAAGACUCCAUAACUAGCCAAGUUUCCAAUUUAGCAGUAUCAUUUAAUAAUCGUGACAAAAGUCGAUUAUCGAUACUGAAAAAUUCAUCGUCUUCUAUAAGACCUAUGUCCAGUAAUCCACAACAAGCAACAACUGUUGUUGACAGAGCAAAAGAAGUGUCGAUGUGGUGAACACAAUAAUCCGAGUAAAAUAUGAAGUGCCACGCAAAUUGAUUUGUGAAAACUCAACUCAAGUCUGAACAUAGACAUAGAUAUAAUAUAUAAAUAUAUAUAUUUGUAUAAUAAUAAUUAGUAUUAACGAUGAAAGUCAUAUCAUAAAUUAUACGCAACACGACAAUUUUAGAUAUUAAUACGUUUCUUUAAAUAUUACUAAUUAUGUAAUCAGGUUUCUGUGAUAAAAAACCGGAUUACAAAAAAAAUUAAUACAAUUUCAAAUAUGUAUUUCAUAUUUAUUAAGAUCAAAAUAUAAAUAAAAUAAAUGUAGAGAAAUAAGCCAAGGUAAUGCCAAUUAGAUGUGGAUAAUUUUUUUAUUAUACUUAGGUACUAGUGUUUAUUUGUUACCUAAACCUAUUUAUUUAUUAUUAGUAUUAAGUAAAUUUUUUAUAAAUUGAAUGUUUGCAAUUACUAUAAUUGUGAUAUAAUAUUUGCUUUUUGAAUCAAAAUAAAAUAAAAAAAAUAUAUUUCAUAAUAAA